AGUAGCAUUCUGCUGCCAGCUGAUACUCAGCACUGUUGCUCUAAAGAAACCCCAGGUGCAACUAAAAACCUUUUGGAUAUGGAAAAAGAAACAAAGGAGGAAAGGGAAGGGUGGUUUGAAUUUUAUGAUUCUUUUGAAGAGAUGUUUGAGUUCUUCUGCAGCAACACAACCAUCCAUGGAACCAUCAGACUGAUUUGCUCCAAAAGGAACAAGAUGAAGACCACUUUCUGGAUUGUGCUUUUCCUCCUUUCUUUUGGUUUGAUGUACUGGCAAUUUGGAGAAAUGUUUGGGCAAUACUGGGCCUAUCCCACCAGCACAAUCAUAACUGUGCAAUCAAAAAGUAAAAUAUUUCCAGCUGUGACCAUCUGCAACCUGAAUCCAUACAGGUUUGAUGAAGUGAAUGAGUAUCUUAAUCAACUGGAUAAUUUGGCAAAGAAUACUUUGUCCUCUUUCUAUGGGUACAAUGGGUCCAAUGCAACACAAGAAGGCCAGGACAUUGUUGAUCUUACGGAUAUUCUACACAAUGGUACAAGUGAAAUCAAUGGAAGGUUCCAACUAGAUAGUAGUAUCAGACUUGUAAAAUUGCAAGAGAAUGGUAUGGAGCCCUCUCUCCCUGGACAAAAGAUUUUCAAAGUGGGCUUUAAAUUGUGCAAUGCUUCUGGGGGGGAUUGCUAUUACAAAUCCUAUUGGUCAGGAGUAGAUGCCAUUCAUGAGUGGUACAAGUUUCAUUUUAUGAACAUUAUGUAUAAAAUUCCUUUGCUCUUGGAAAUCUCAAAAGAAGAAAUCAUGAAAAAAUUUAUCAUAAUGUGUGAAUUCAAUGAGAAAUCCUGCAGUGACAGUGAGUACACUCACUUCCAUCACCCAAUCUAUGGGAACUGCUUUACAUUUAAUAGCCAGGGGAAAGAUGAGUUUUGGAAAUCAUCUAAAACUGGAAAGGAAUAUGGGCUGUCUUUGACAGUGAAGGCUGAUCAAAAUGAUAAUAUGCCCAUCCUAUCUACUGUAGCAGGUGCUAGAAUCAUGGUUCAUAAUCCCUUCCAACCUCCUCUGGUGGAACAUGAGGGGUUUGAUAUAUGGCCAGGAAGAGAGACCUCUAUAAGUAUUAGACAGGAUGAAGUGAACCACUUAGGCGGACAAUAUGGAAAAUGCACCACUGAUGGAAGUGAUGUGGAUAUAAAACUUCUGUACAACACAUCAUACACAUUACAGGCUUGUCUGCAAUCCUGUUUUCAGUACAAAAUGGUUGAAACGUGUGGUUGUGGGUACUACUUUUAUCCUCUGCCUUCUGGUAUAGAAUACUGCAACUAUAACAAGCAUCCAGGCUGGGGACAUUGUUUUUACCGACUGUUUGAAAAUAUUUUUGAUCACAGGCUCAAUUGUUUUAACAAAUGCCCAAAGCAUUGCACAGAAACAAUAUACAAACUAUCUGCAGGCUCUGCCAAAUGGCCAACUUCCAAAGCUAAGACCUGGCUAAUCCCUUAUUUAUAUAAGAUGGGAUACAAUUCCACCAGCAGUAGGAAUGAUAUUGCAAAGAUUAACAUUUAUUAUGAAGAGCUGGGUCAUAGAACCUUUGAUGAAACCCCUGCCAUUUCAGUGAACUUGCUGUUGUCCAAUAUGGGUGGGCAAUGGAGUCUUUGGUUUGGUUCUUCAGUACUUUCAGUGGCUGAAAUAGCAGAGUUGGUAUUUGACACUGCUGCUAUGGUCAUUAUCAUCACCUACCAAUGGCAAAAGAACAAAAGGAAGGCAAAUAUUAAUGAUUUGUACAGGAAAGUCAAUUCUGAUAACGAGGAGCCCAAAAUCGAUUUAUCUUUGCCUGAGAAGUACAAAACUCUGGACCAUUCCAGUAACAAUUUGAAUGGGCUUGACACUGAGCUCUUGAAAAGAAAUGAAAAAUGUGAAGAACUUAAAAGUGCCAUCUAAAAUCUAAAUUCAAUAUUUUGAUUCAUAUAGUCACAAUACGAUAUAGAGCCAGAUUCUCAAAAACUAGCUAAAAUCAUCAACUUAUUUUACUGAGCACCAUUUUGGCAAACUAACCUUAAAGGGAUGGUAUGGUCAAAAAUUAUAUUUUUUGCAUUGUACUGGGUUGCUUAUAAUAAAAUGUAUGUCCAAAUA